UGGCACCUUACCCGCCUUCAAUGGAACCCUCAAGCGAACCAAGUGCAAUACGUUCUUACCCAAAUUAGUCUACCGCCCUCCUGAAACCCUCUUCAUGAUCGUUAAAACCCAAGUGAUGCCUUCUUCAUCUGCUCGAUCCAUCAACAUCCGUCGUCUUGGACACAAUGACGAUGAUGAACAAUGUCCCCCAUGUAAGUGUAAAAAUGGUAUCUGCUUCAAAAGAACCGCCUCGACUAACGAUAACCCGUCUCGUACGUUUUGGAACUGCAAAAAUUUGAUGUCAAGUGAAGGUCUAAGAUGUAAAAUUUUCAAGUGGAAAGACAAGGAAAUAGAAGAGGGUGAGAUUGUGAAGGCUCAGAAAAAAGUGGUUCAACUGGAGCAAGCUAGGGGUGAACUACAAGAUUUGAGCGAAGUUGAGAAGGAAGCUUUAGAGAACGAUGUGAUGGAACUGAAGAAGAAGAAUGUAAUCGUGAAGACUUACCUAGGAUACGCUAACUGUUUGAUCCUUGUAUUGUUUAUCACAAUCAUCCGGAUGUGGUUGAAUUUUAACUGA